GAGCACAGAUAGCCCUUUGUGUUACAUUGUGCAUAAUAACAAACAACGACGUAUUAUUUUAAUAAAUAAUUCAAAAGAACCUGCCGAAAACAACAUUCUUAUUAUGACUUAUAUUAUAUUUACUCAGCCUUAUAAGUUACUUAAAAGGCGCGCUGUAUACGCAAUAGUGUGCUCACUGUGCUGCUGAUAUCACGUUCUCUCUAUUCUGACAGUGGGAAAUACCGCAUGAGCAAUGUUAUUGAACGUUUCCUUCGCUCUUGACUAUUUAAAAUCCUGUUGUGAUGAAUACUUUUAUUUUUCAAAAGGAGAAUACAUGGUACUGCUGAUUUAGCCUAAACUCAGGUAAAAUGGACUGUUUUACUUGGAAUCAGAAUAUUAAUUUUGAAGUAGAUGCAUCUUUGAAGACUGUGGAUGUUGUUUUUGAUGUAGAUUUAACUUGUUUCGAGACCUAUAAGGUGUUUGUUAGUGAAGAAGAAAUAAAGUGUGAGGAUGACAAAGUUUGGCAAGGAUCAUUUUGGAGAAAUGUGACUCCAACUAACACCAUUGUUAGAGAAACAUUUUCAAAUUUGACAUCUGGAGUAGAUUAUCAUAUUGCUAUCAGACCAGGUGAUAAACGUUGUACAGACUGUUUGAAAGACCUUAGUAAUCCAAAAUGCAAAGGAUGUGUUUGUCACAUUAAGAACUUUGCUAUAUCACCUGCUUUGGUUGAGAGCAAUGUCUUAAAAAGUCCAGAGGUGACCAACAGCUAUUUAACUGUAUUGCUCGGUGUUACCUUUAGUAUUGUUGCUGUUCUUCUGCUAUUAUUAGUAAUAGUGGCAUUCCGAAGAAGACACAACUUAAGAAAUCGAGAUCCUAAUAUGCAGAGCUUUGUAUGCGAGUCCAGCACAUCAUCUUCAGGUCAUCUCAUGGAAGACCUGUCUAUUCGAAACAGCCCUCUUCUUGUAUCAUUUCUCUAUUCUCGUGACUGUUUACAGCAUAUUCAAGUGGUUGAAGCACUGGCUCAGUUCCUGAGGAUAAAUUUUGGAGUUGAUGUUCUUCUAGAUGUAGAACAGGAACAUGAAAUUAUUAUCAACCCAGAAGGUUGGGUUCAGUCACUUGUUGACUGCUCCAGUAGAAGUAACAAAAAGAUUAUUAUUAUAGAAUCCGAAGGUGCUGUUAAACGACAGUGGGCUCGACAGCAAGGAGAGAGCUUAAAGUCAACCUCUGAUCAUUUGGACAGCUUGUUUAUGUAUGGGCUGUCAGCUAUAACAAGCGAUCUAACAAGAGCCUCUUCUGACUAUGAUCAUCUACUGGUUCUUCGGUUCCCAUAUACUCCCACAGUCUACGUUCUAGACCACAUAGUACCAAAUCGUCGAUAUCUGAUACCAGAUCACCUUUCAGAUCUGUACCACUCUCUGUUUCAGAGUGCUGAACUCAAUAUCCAGAGUUCUCAAGGUCUCGUAGAACAAUGGCAGCAAUCUCCAUCUUACAUGGAUUUAGUUCAUGCUUUGAAGGAGAUGGAAAAGAUCACUACUGACAACCCAAACUACUUGGAUGAGUAUUUGUUCAAAGAAUAAUGAUACAUCUUCUUUAACAUUAAUUUGUAUUAGCUGAUAUGCUACAAGUUUGUUUUUUUUCCUCUGGUUGAAGCACUUACUGCUGGAAUUGAAAGGAGAGUAAGUUUUUUCUAUUAAUUAUUACGUUAAUGGACAAUAAUUAUAUUCAGAUUGAAGCUCUUUAGUAGUUACAGAAUUCCAUACAGUGAGCUGUAGCUUAUUAGUAUUUGUGUAAAUUUUAAAUUAUCAAAGUCUUUAUCUGUUCAUAGAAGACAUUAUAACCAAAACCUUGAAGCUAACCUGUUAUGAGGUUUUACGUACCUUUCUUUAAGACAAAAAAGGCUGAUGUUGUUAAUUGAAUUAUAUAAAAAAAUAGUAUCUUAAAUGUUUUAAUUUCAACCAAUCCACGAUGUGUACAAAAUAACUUUUUGACUUUAAUAUAAUAUACUUUUAUUAUUUUUCCUCUUUUAAUAAUACUUGUUACCUCAAGAUGAAAUAUUGAAAUUGUAGCUACAUUUAAAAAAAUGUCAGAAUAUUUGUAACUUUUAUGUCUAACAUGUAUGUAUCUUAAAAUUUGAUCACACUUUUCCUGUGUUUUUCCAAAGUUUAAAACAUUGAAUUUUAUGAUCAACUUAAAAUUAAUUAGCUAGCUGACUGUCAAACCAUUAAAUAAGAACUGAUUUUUGUUCACUUUUUUUGUAA